GUUCAAAACAUCAAAAACAAAGCUGCAAUGAAUUCUUUAAAUGCAAGUUUUUCUCAGAAUAUCACCAUUGUUCACCCCAAUUACUUUUUCAUCAUUGGACUUUCAGGUGUACCAUAUAGUAGUUAUUACUAUAUUUUCUUAUUUAUUACAUAUUUUAUUACUAUAAUUGGGAACUCUAUAGUGCUUCUCAUUAUUGCUCUUGAACGAAGUCUGCAUAGUCCAAAGUACAUUGGUGUGUUUAACUUGGCUUUGGCUGAUAUUGGUGAAACUAAUGCACUGAUUCCUAACAUGAUGAAGACUUUUCUCUUUGACUCACAGUACAUCUCCUACAAUGCUUGUUUGGCUAACAUGUUUUUUGUGUUCCUCUUCAGUACUAUGCAAAGUUUCACUCUUGUGGUUCUGGCAUAUGAUCGUUUCAUUGCAAUUUGUUUGCCAUUAAGAUACCAUGCUCUUGUAAACAAUACCAAUAUGACUUUAGUUCUCUCAGCAAAAUGGGCAUUUAAUUCUUCUGUUGUGGCCUUGAUGGUGUCUUUGAUCACCCGACUUUCAUUCUGUGAAUCCACUGUGAUACAGAGUUAUUUUUGUGAUCACGGACCAGUGUAUAGGUUGGCAUGUAAUGACAAUAGCGUUAAUAGGUUUAUGGGAACCUUCAUCACAACAUUAUACCUUGUAAUACCAUUGACCAUUAUAAUCCUGUCCUAUCUAGGCAUUUUUCUUGCUUUAAACAAAAUUACAACUUGGGAAAGCCGUUUAAAAGCACUGAAGACCUGUGUUUCUCAUCUGUUGGUAGUAGGGAUAUAUUUCCUUCCCAUAUCCUGUGCAUACAUUGCUGCAUUCAUGCUUUCUCUUGCUCCCAAUGCAAGGGUCAUCAGUACGUCUCUGGCAUAUGCUGUUCCACCAAUGUUAAAUCCUAUUAUUUAUGUCUUAAACACAGCUGAAAUCAAAGAUAUAAUGCGAAAAAUGCUUAAAAACAGAUCCACACCAUCUGGAGACAACAUUUCAAAAUGA